AUGAUGCCUGUGUCUGCUGAGCUUUUCAAGAGACACGGUAACACCCAUUACGCGAAUAUUGGGUACGGUUACUAUGUGCUCGCCGUAAGCGUGGUCUACGUUGCAUUUCUUUACGGUAUCAAGUUUAUACCGAGGAAAUGGAGUCAGAGCAAUAGAUUCUUGAGAUAUGUUACCGGUUUGAGCGUACCACUCCACUUAUUGAUCUUAAUGCUACCAAUCUUUGUGCCGUUUGUUCAUCACUAUUCCUUCCGUGAACACGUAUCGGUUUAUAUCAAACGGGUUGGAAGAUUAAGUUACGUUUUACUCUCGUUAAAUCUGUUUCUUACGUUAAGGUCACCAAUUUCACCGUUUAGAACUCUUUACGAAUAUGCGGAUUUUUUACCACUUCAUAAAUGGUUAUCCCGUUUGAUAGUAAUUUUGGGAUUAGUCCACGGUAUUUGGUUUGUUGCCAAAUGGGCAAAUGACCCUAAUGUGUCCCUUGUUGAGAAAAUGUGGCAUAAGAAACGAAAUACCGUUGGAAUUUUAAUAUCUGUACAGUGCUUACUACUUAUUAUACUUUCUUUGAGAACAAUAAGACGGAAAUGGUAUUGGUUGUUUUACUUCAACCAUAACAUAACAAACAUCGGCUUACUAUUCCUCACGGCGGUCCAUGCUCGCCCCAAUAUCGUCAAACCUUACAUUUUCAUCAAUUGUCUGUUGGUUAUUGUCCAUGGAGUGAACCGUAUCUGGAAUGUCCAAAGAAUGGAGAUCAAUUACAAGCUGAGAUGUGGUGGUGGUGAAUCCAAUUUUGUCAUUGUUUCAUUGCCCCUCACGCGCCCAACAACGGAAACGUUGGAAUGUUCGCACGUUAGAGUGAGCCCCUAUCGAAUCUACAACCCACUGUACUGGCUGACAGCGUCUCACCCAUACACUGUCGUCGAGCAGACGGAGAACGAUUUGAAACUCGUCAUAAACGAGUCCACAUUCAAAAUGAUUCCGGAGAAACAGUACUCUGUACAAUUCUGUGGGUUCUCAGACAAUGCGGAAAGUCCAAUAACACGUUCCAUACCGGAGGACCCCUGUACGAGAAUAGUCAUUGUUGCAGGCGGUAGUGGGAUAUCGUACACGAUCCCCUUUUACAGACAACUUACACAGAGGACGCAGUAUACGAAUGUACAGUUCGUGUGGAUAACGAGGCGCCUUGAGGAGUACGAAUUCAUUGAGCAGAACUUGAGGGGCCUUCUACCGGAGACCGCAGAGAUAUACGUCACUGGGAACCCACUACAAGAACAAAGGGCGAUAAUCACCACCACAACACCCGCGAUGCACCAAGAUGGGGGUACUGAGGGGUUGGACUUCGAAGCGAUCGAGUUGGGACAGUGGACACCGCAGCAGCAGCAGCAGCAGCAGAAGCAGCAGCCCGGAGGGGAACAACGUAAAAUUCACUCCGGUAGAUUCGAGUGGGGAGCGCUACUUGGAAGAUCCGGCAGCGCGGUAACCGGAGAACAACCGGCCGAAGGUGAUCGUGGCGGCGGGACGUGGCUGCUCUCCUGCGGGCCGGAAUCGCUCGUGGACUCUGCCAGUCGAUUCGCGCAGGAGAACGGGUACGGCGUCCAAAAGGAGUCGUACUCGGUGUGA